CAACCCUAAGCUACAUAUAUUCUCUUCUCUUCUGUACUGUGCCUAGUUACAGGCACAUAAAUUAAAUCACUACUAUUAUUAUCUCAUCUUGUUUUUAAGGUACAUGGGCAUACUUCCAAACAAGAUAUGAGUUGCAAUUACCCACAAUUUUAUUUUCUAAGAAUAGUUCUGGAGUCUGUAUGAGGCCUAUGCACAUUGUUUGGAAUACAAUAAUAUUAUGAUAGAGAUUGAUGCUUUUCUUUGAAGCAGGUAAAUCUACAAGCAUGCAAAUAAAGCUCAGUUUUGUUAAAGUAACUGUUUUUUUAAUUUAUAAUGAAUUUUUAUAUAUGAAAAUAGAGUAUACAUACCCAUAAAAUAGACAAUAGGCAUGGACACACACUGUAAACAACCUUAUUGAUUAUAACUGAGGCUGAGAUCCUCUGUUUGCUUUCUACAGUGUAUGGCCACUGAUCGUAGUAGUACUAUUAUACUGUAUAGGUAUAGAGAAAAGGGAGAAAAUGUGUGGAGAACCAGAAGGCUAGCCCCACUGUUUCUAUUAAACUUAUGCCAUAGUAAACAGGCACAGUAUAGAGAGUUAGUGGGUAUAAAUACUAUUGAAUAGACUGAUAUUGUUUCAUACCAGUAACAUUAUUUUAGCACUGUGCAACUGAAUUAUUACAUAAAAAUAAGGUCUGUACCUCUUUACUAGAAUUUGUAUUUUAAUUAAUGUAAAUACAAAUAUUUAAUUAAAAACCUGCAUUCAAAUAAGCUUAACCUUAAAAAACCCUAACCUUAAAUAUAAGACUUACACUUUGCAAUGUAAGAAAUUCCUAUUGCUGGUUGCUAGAUCUGUAACUGAAAAAUAUUAGAAAAUGCAAGUACCUCUUUCUUUGGAUCAGAAUGGAAUUUUUUUUUCUGCCCAAAAUGUUUUGGCAAAAAACUAAUGUAACAGCAAAAGACCUACAUUUAAGAAUUAAAAGAAAAGGUCAUUAAUAAAUCAUUACGUAUACAAAUGUUCUGGGUAUAAACAUGGAAUAUGUAAAAUGCUCCUUCUUAAAAGCACACUUGUAUAAAUACAAGCAUAAACAAUAUCCAUAUUCCCAAUUUUUUCUUGACUUUUUUUUGCUCUUUUUCUUUAUCAUAUUCUAUGUUUCACCAAAAAAAAAAAAAGGAUAAAACCUGCAUUCCUUGAUAGUUAAAUUGUUUUUUCUAAAGAAAAAAGAUGAUUAACACAUCUGAAUAAUUCUAUGUAUAUGAGUUUUAAGGAUGGUUAAAUACCUAUGCAUAAUUAACUAUUAACCCCAGCACCUGAUGUUUGUUUUUCAUUGCAAGAGUAUAUGGACAUCUUCAGAAGCUACAUGGGAUGCUUUUCAAGUGAUUGAGAGCAAAAAACCCUCCUCUCUCUGUGGGCCAAAUCUGCUUUUGCUUUUUUGGUCACAUCCUUUAUCUUCAUUCUAAUCAUAAUUGGCACAUUUUUAUUAGGCUGCUUUGUUUAUCAUAUUACUGUUUCCUCUGCCAGAAAGAAAUCAAUGCAAUGCUACCCUUUCAAAAUGUCCGUGACCUUUUCUACCUCCACCACCUCGCUUUCGUUGGUGCCUGCACUAUCCUGGCACCAGUCAGUCACAUUGUUCUCUGGAACGGCUGCAGCCAUUGCUGAAGAACACUGCAGCAGUACAUCAGGAUGGAGAAACGCUUCCCGAUUUAACAUACAAAUAUAUAUAUUUUACACUGGCAGGCUGAUCGUGUCAUCUUUUCCUUUAUAUUUGCAUUAAUAAUCAAUCGCCUGGCCGUGUCGUCUCUGGAGCCCCAGAAAAGGCUGUCUUGACUGUUUGGGGACAUCAGGUCUGGUGAUCUGUCCCGAUUUUCUUUUGUUGUAGCGGCGGCUCCUGACCGGCUGAGAGAUGCGGCGAAGAGAGAAGCAGCAGGCCAGCCCAGAGCGGGCGCCUCGGAAGGCUCCAGACGUUGCAGAAUGAAUGCGUCAGACACGGAGAACGGAGAGGGAGAAGAGAAGGGGAGGGACGACGAUGAUCAGAUCAGGCGCCUGGCAGCAGCCUCGACAGUGGCAGGAGGAGGGAUGGCCUUCCCUGUGGAUCUCCUGGAUAACUACAGCCAUGAAGAUCUUGAGAGCUCUGGAGAGGAUUAUCUAUCUGAACUUAGGUGUGGAGAUCCAGAAAAUCCAGAAUACCUCUCUCUUGUUGAUAAUAUCAAGGUUCCAAUUUGUUUGUCAACAGUAGGCUUCAUUCCCCUUUAUGGCGGAGAAGAAAGACACAAAGUCCUUGCUUUAUUUGCACCAGAGGAUUCACUUGCAGCUGUUGCCUUGUUCCUGGCUGACCAGUGGUGGACUAUUGAUGAUAUUUUGAGAACAUCAUCUCCUUCUAGAGAAGGACUUCUGCGGGUGAAAUCAAUUGGAGAGAGAGUGGUUCUUUAUGUGCUCAACAGAAUAAUUUAUCGUAAACAAGAAAUUGAGAAAAAUGAGGUACCAUUCCUUUGUCAUGGUAGCCACGAUUAUGCAAAAAUUCUGUGGAAGAAAGGAAUGGCCAUUGGGUUUUAUUCUAUUAAGCUGCCAGGGAGCAUAUGUAGUGCCUUUCUUACUCAGAGCUAUCAGCUUCCUGUCCUGGACACAAUGUUCGUGAGGAAGAAGCAUCAGAGCAAAGACUUUGGGCUACUGAUGCUGGAAGAUUUUGUGGAUUCUUUCACAGAAGAUGCACUUGGCUUGAGGUUCCCUCUGACAUCUUUCAUGCAUGCUGCUUGCCAGAAAUACUUUGAGAGGUAUCCAGGGGAUCGUGACCUUCUGUGGGAAGUUGAAGGCAUAGGCCACUGGCACCAGCGAACACCUAUAGCUAGUGUUUUGCAGAGAGAAAGUUUAAAACACAAAGCCUUGCAAAUAGAAGCUAACGCUUCCCAGAAUGAGGAACGGUUUCUGCACACUGCCAUGGAUAACAGCCCAUCGAAUGAACAGGCAGCUGACCCCAGGGAAACACACUUAAGUGUUGAUGCUCAUAAAAAUAAAGAUGGUUUUGAUGUAUAUGAAGGUACCUCUGAAGAACCUGUUGCUUUACCAAUUCCUACUCGAUCACGAAGCAAUCAUCUGAAACGUCCAAAGUUGGGGAAAAGAAUCCAAGAACCUGAAAUUCCUGAAGCUGAAGAUGUAAAUGCUUCUCAAACAUCAGGAAACAGAUUGGAUCCUAUUACUCAUGUAUCUGAACGUUCAGAAGAAUUAAUAGAUGAGAUGGAAGAAAAAGUGAUGGAGAGCGAGCAGGAAAAGUUAGUGGAGAGUCCAAAACACUCAGUCCAAGAUACAGCCCAGCUGUGUCUUCCAUCAGAGAAGCAAGAUGAUAAAGAGGAAACAGAUGUAGAGCCAAUCAAUGGAGAGGUCAUGGAAAAUGCUAUCAAGGUGUCAAUAGUGACUGAAGGAUCAACAGCAAAUGAAGUUCUGGAUGGAGAGUCAAAGUUACAACCUGACAGUUCAGAAGAAACAACUUUAACUUUACUUGUCCCAUUAAUUCUUGAUUCUUCCGGAAAAUCCAUUGAAGACAGCGAUGAUAAUAUUUCAGAUAAGGUUGAGAACAUGGCAGAUUCUGAAGUGCCAGCAGAAGAGGAACAGAUGACACAAAGGAAAAGAGCAAAUGCUGAUCCUGUUUCAGCAGCAGAAAAAGAAUCUUCUAAUAAUGGUCUUUUAAACUCAGUAGCAGUGGAAGCUCCAGAAGAUGCCAUUUCUGAAAAUGUCUCUCCCAACACAACCUCUUCCUUGGAAGAGCAAAGUGAGGAGGGUGGAUCUGACUCACCAGAAGCCCCCGUGGCCCUGGGUCAGGGGGCUCUGAUGAUGGUUGAAUUGGAGGACAUCUCUUACCAGCAACAUCCAGAGGGACAAAAGAACCAAAUGGAUGAACAGUCUGAAGAGUCAGCUGAGCCAGUGUCUGAGAGAGCUGCUGACAGCAGUUCAGAAGAAGCGGAAAUUGAGGUGCCUGUAAUAGACAGGCGGACCUUACGAAGAAAAGCCAAAGGAUACAAAGGCCCACCCAAGAAAAAAGGAAAACUAAUUUGAACACAAUUAUAGUCAACCCAAGUGGGAAUGAUUGCCAUUUUCAUUGUGUUUCUUUCUUCAGAGAAAAAGCUGUAAAAUUACAUAUCAUUGUAGGAUCCACAUGUAUUUAAACACUGGAAUCAUUCCCAGUUUUUCUAUAGCCUGUUACUUGUUUUGUUGUUUAACCACUACAUAAAAUGAACCAAAUUGAGUAUGGAAGUAAAUAUCUAGUUUUGCUAAACAAUAACAAUAAUCAAAAAGACACUGGAUGUUAAAGUGGGGCAGUAACUUUAAAUUAGUUAUAUUAGAGAUGUUGAGGGGCCAAACAGGUGCCACCUUAUGUUACAUUGUUAAACUGCCUCAAGUGGCUGUUGAUUUGUCAGCUCUUAUGUACAAUAACGCAUAAUUUAUGAAGUGUCAGGCAUUUUCUUCAUCCCUAAAUGCCAUGGAAAGAUUAAUUGCGCACCCUGAUGUUUUUCCAGGCUUAUCAGGGACAGAUAUUUACAAUUAAAGUUAUUUUUUUCAAACCCUGCAAUCAUUAUUUUGUAGUAAAUUCAAAAUCCUGUUUUAAACUGAAAUAUAGAAUACCUGAUAUUAUUUGUGCUUAGUUCAACUUUGCCAUGGAUACUAUAUGCUCCCAUUCAAAAAUCCAAGAUUAUAUGAUCUCAACUAAACCUGAAUCCUCAAUCUAUGUUGGAGUCCUCUGAUUAUUUUGCCAGUGAAUAAAGCAGGUGCUUCUUUUCACAAACGAAGCUCCUAAUAUAUGGAUAGUAAACUGAACUCCUUCAGAGUAAUUGUAGGUUAGACCCUCAUAAAAACCUAUGAUUACCAUUUUCUAAGUACUAGUAGUUGGACAGAUUCAUAAAGAGUCUUCAGUUUGAGGCAAUUUCUCUUUCAGUAUCUGUUAGUAAGAAUGUUCAUUUGAAACGAUGUGAAACUUUUGAUUUUAAUCUUUUCAGAAUUGGUCUAUUUUGGCUCCCUGGUUGUAUAAGCUUUCUGGCUUCUCAGUAAUGGCUCAGCUGAUUGCUUUUUUAAAAUAACUCAUCUUGAUAAAGAAGUGCUGUUUUUUUAAAAAGCAUGUUAUGAGAAGUUUUAGUUUUGAGGUAUAUAGAGUUGCCAAGUUGUCUGGAUUUUCAGCAUGAUACACAUUUUUCUACCAGUGUACAUUUUGUAUAUUGUGGAUUAGGAGUAUUUGUGCAGAAAUCUUGGUUCUGAUAUUGAUUAAACACUUUCUAUGAAGCACAUAAAACAGCUUGUCUCUUGUACUACUAUUUUUUUUUUUUUUUUGGUAAAAUAACAUUUUGACAAUUUAAGAUUAGGGCAGUUUUUGCUAUUAGCACUGAAGUUUUUGAAAUGGACAAGGUUAGAUUACAGUCUCUGAAAGGAAACAUAGGUAUGAAUGUUAGAUGUAUUGAGCUAGAUAAACAAGGGGCUUUGUAAUUCUUAUUCUGUAAAUCAAAACAAUAUUUUGUGAAGUGACUACGUGUGUAUUUCUAUUAUGGAUUCUGGAUUGGUGGUGAUUUAAUACUAUAUUAAAUGUUUUAAAUCAGUGUGUUUCUCCCAAAUCAUAAAUUUGGCUUGUGCAUUUAAAGCUAUAAAACAUUUAUUUUCAGUCUGUAAUUAAAGUGGUUUAUAAAACAUUUAAUUGCAAAAAUGUUACUUAUAUGAGAGCCGAGUUUCUUAACCCUUCUAGGAUAUUCAAUUAUUAUAAAAUCUUAAGGAAAGUUAAUCUUGACAUCCAUGGUCCUUCCAGAAAACGUUUUGAUGGUUUUGUCUAUAAGCCAGAAGGAUAUUUUCCCUUGUAUACACAAGUAAGAAACACUGUCCUUUCUGCAGAAAGCAGCCCUCCAGCUGACAUUAACCAAGAUAUAUCUCUUGGAUCACAUAUUGCUUAUAAAAAUGUAUGAUGCCUGUAGCAAAGUCUGGAAGAAUUAAACUGAAUAUUGUUAUGAAGGCAAAUAUUUAUAUGUAUUAUAUAACUGUAACUUGUUUUCUUCUGAUUGGAGUUAGGUGACCUCACUUCAGCUAGCACCUUGUAACUUUUUACAUUGCAGCUGUUAUUGAGCUAAAACCCUUAAAUUAUUAAAACUAUGCUGAGAAAUUAAAAACAAAUUUGUAAAGCAGAAUUAAAAUGUGCAACACUGUGCAGUUCACAAAGGAACACAUUCUUAAAAGGAUUAUUAUAUGAUUUAGCUUA